UACAAGCAUUCUCAGGAGGAGGAACCCAACAAUACUCAAGCAUCAUUGCAGAAUACUUUACACUGUCCUUUGUUAUCUUCCAGGACUAAGCAGUUGAAAUUCUGGGUUUAUACAAGAAUAUUGGGACCACGUGCAACUCUGUGCCCAUGACAGGCUGCCGGAGCUGGUCAAUGACAUGGAUGGGGCAACUGUGGGAAUACGAGACCCCCAAAGUGAUUGUCGUGAAGAACCGUCAUCUUGGCACCAUCUACAGAUUGCUACAGCUUCUAAUCAUUCUGUAUUUUGCAUGGUAUGUGUUUGUGGUCCAGAAAGGGUAUCAGGCACGGGAGACUGGCCCAGAAAGUGCUGUCAUCACCAAGGUCAAAGGGGUUUCCAUGUCCAAAGCCCCUAGGGGAGUCAAGAGGAUCUGGGAUGUAGCGGAGUAUGUGAAACCCCCCGAGGGUGGUAGCAUCUUUACCAUCAUAACUAGGACAGAAAGCACCAAACUUCAGACUCUGGGAAUCUGCCCUGAGAGUAAGUCUAUAGUUGAUGCCAGGUGUGUCACUGCUGAUGACUGCAAAAGUGGAGACAUGCAUGUACUGGGCCAUGGUAUACAGACUGGACGUUGUGUACAUUCUACUCGUGGAUCAUUGAAGACCUGUGAAAUCUUUGCAUGGUGUCCCCUAGAGGAUGAAACUGUGACCAGUGAAUCUCUGCAAGAAUUUGUCCCAAACUUUACCAUCUUAAUCAAGAACAACAUCCAUUUUCCUCAGUUCAGAUUCUCCAAGGGAAACAUUGAAGGCGACAACGCUCUAAAGAACUGUACUUACCACCCUACACAAUCUCCUUCCUGUCCAAUAUUCACCAUGGGUUUUAUUGUGGAGGAAGCUGGUGUUAAUUUCACGGAAAUAGCAUAUAAGGGAGGCAUUAUUGGAGUGAUCAUUAACUGGGACUGCAACUUAGAUUUACAUCCAUCAAAGUGUCGACCACAGUAUUCUUUCCGACGCCUUGAUCUGCAGAAUAAUAUAUCCACAGGCUACAACUACAGGUUUGCCAAGUAUUACUUCAAGAAUGGCACAGAAACCCGCACGCUAAUUAAAGUAUAUGGGAUUCGCAUUGCUGUCAUUGUUCAUGGGCAGGCUGGCAAGUUUAGUCUCAUCCCAACUAUCAUUAAUCUGGCCACUGCCCUGACAUCUAUCGGUGUUGGGUCUGUCUUCUGUGACUGGAUACUGCUGACUUUCAUGAACAAAGAUCACGUGUACAGCCUGCGAAAAUAUGACAAGGUCUGGAAACUGGAGGAGACCCAUACUGCAACAGUUACUACAGCCAGCUCCCCGCAAGACUCGCCAGCUUCUUCUGAAUCUCUCUGUACUAAUCAUGACCCUCCAUACAAGGACAGCAGCCCAAGAGUUGAAAACAACACUCAGGAAAAUGGACAACAGGCAUGGAGUGAGAGGACAGAGUCUGCUCCUGGGAGCUGAUAUUUCACACCAAGUCCCUCUAGUGCCUCUGGAACUGUUGGCCAAAAUGUUUUACUGGAAAACAUUUACAUAAAACUCAGGAAAUUGCAAGCAUUUUGGAAAAGGCCCGGAGCUAUGUAAAGCCCAUCAAAAGGCUGAGGAGUCUGAAAAGGCUUCCUAAGCCUUAGGUGGAAGAGGGAGGCGUACUGCAGGUGAGAAAAUGAACUAUUUAACAAGUAUUGGGAGCUGAAUAUAAGGAGGAAAAAGCAUUGAGAUUAGUGAGAAAGGAUACUGUAAACCUCUGGCCUGAGAGACAGUAGUAAUAGUGCACUUAAAACUGGACCACCAGCAUUAAUGAGAGGAGAUGACCAUUCGUAUUUCUCUUUUUCAAACAAUUCUCUUCUAACUUCACACCCAUAGCCUAUUUUACAGUAGGGUUAAAAAAAAAAAAAGGCCAGUCCCAACCUUAGCAUCUUGACAUUACAACUGUUAUUUUUCUAGUGCAGGAUACAUAGUACAGUGGAACCUCGGUUUAAGGGUAACUUGGUUUUGAGAGCGUUUUGAUUUGCAACUUCUUUUUCUAAAU